AUGGCCAGUUCUCAGGGACUGCUGACAUUCGAGGAUGUGGCCAUAGAAUUCUCUCAGGAAGAGUUAAUAUACCUGAACUACAGUCAACGCGAACUAUACAGGGAUGUGAUGUUAGAGAACUACGGACACCUCCUUUUCUUAGGUCUUAUUGUGUCAAAGCCAGACCUGGUCAUCUUUUUGGAACACAAGAAGGGUGUCUGGGCCGUGGAGAGAAAGGAGACAGUAGCUACACACCCAGGUAGGUGGGAAUGAAGCGGAUGACAGAGGUGAGGUCCAGUCGUGAAGGAGGAAUUGGACCUCAGAAUGUGG